UGUCUGUCCGGGACUUCAAUGCCGGAGCGGUUUCAUAUUACCUAGUAUUUAUUAAUAGUUAUAAAUAAGAGGUUUUAACCGGAGGUAUCGAAAAACAUAGAUGAAAACAUUAGCUUUCAUAAUACGCCUUUGACGGCUGUAGUACGUCGAAUAGUCUCGUCCAUAAUAAUAAAAAAGUGCAUGUUUUUGGACCAAACCGCAUCCACAUGAAGCACCUGCACGGAUGGAGAUCACCUUUAACUGAUGGCUGUUUUCAAGAUUAAAUUGUAGGAACAUGGAGACAGGUUUCCUUGUCCAGCCUUAUCCAGAAGUAUGAUUGGAGCAUCCAGCCUCUCUGGGGACACCUUGAUAGCCUGCCACUUCCCCGUGGUGCAGCUUUCCACUUGGCAGCUUCCUGUCCAGGCCCUGUGCAGCUCUGCCAAGAGGCCUGGCCGGCUGUGCUCAGCAGGCCUGACUCGGGCCGUGUCCCUCCCAGAGCAAGAGUCGAUCAACUGUGAACAUGCCUUCACCGGCGACCGGAGACAUUUUUCCAGCAGCUACAGCAGCCUCAACGAGGACCGGACGGAGGAGGAGGGAGGCAGCGACGGAAGCUGGAAGUACGAAUCCACCUCGUCGCCUGAAGAGACGAGUUCCCACCAGAAGAAGGAAAGAUCUACACCUAGAAGCAAUCUGCGUUCACGCAACUCCUUCCUUCCCUGUACAGAGCUAAAUGAGGAUGAGGAGGAUGAAGACAGUGAUGGAGAUAAUCUGCACAGAUACCAUGAGGACUCUUCUUUUGUGCUGCAUGGAAAUUCCAAUUGGCCGCUAAGUAAUGUCGCCACAAAUUACCCAAUAUACCCAUUGCCUCACGGGAACCUGGACAGUGAAUGGGGCAAUGAGGGAACUAUGCUGGUUAGUGAGAGUGAUCAGGAGUGGCUCUCUAACCAGUCCAACCAGAUGGACUCACUGCCACCUGAAUGCCAGUGCUGUCACAUGAGCAGAUCUGGCAUCACGAUGUUGGCUUGUUUGGAGAAGGACUCAGACAGACUGGGGGAUAACAUGUCCUGCUGCCUCCACGGCCAACGCAAAUGUUCCCCAGAGCUUCUUUCCAACAACCACACAGAGUAUGUCAGUGACUCUUCCUGUAACAGUUCUGAUGGCAUCUUGGUUAACUUCUGCACUAUGUACAACAGGAGCAACAAUCCUGCCACACCUCAUGAUCUUAGCAGUCCUGCAGUUCACCCCUCUGGGUCAUCAGAGGGAUGUGUAUUCCUCAACCUCCAACCUGUCCCCCAAAGUCAGAAUGAGGAAGUCAAACUUGAUAGCAUGACGGUUUACUCUCCUCCGAAAGAGGAGGUUGACAUGCCGCUUUCUGCUUCCCGCCUGUCCCCUCGGGGCCUUGACUCUAACUGCAAUCUGUACUCACUAGAGGAGCUACCUGCAGGGCUCUCCUCUCUAGAGGUAUCAGACCUGACUGCGUGUCUUCAAAGCCAGGCCACCCUGGCCAUGGGGACCAACCAGAAGUACUACAAGCUUGUGACUUGUGACCUUUCUUCCCAGUCACCCAGCCCGGCCUGGUCCAGUGUCACCAGCUGCCCCGAAGGUCAGAGCAGAGGCAGCCCCUUCCUUCUCAGUUUUGAUCAGAAGAAAGAAGGGCAGCAGAAUGGAAUUAAGAAGGAGAAAGAGGACCAGCAAAAGGAGACGGGUGUUCAGUUUGACUGUUCUCACUUUCAGAUCCAAGAUUACCAGGUUGCAACCACCUCCACUGACAAAGCCCUCUGCCGAAAGAAACAGGCAGAUAGCAUCCAGAACCUCUCCCACACGCCUUGCUCGCUGUGCCCCAGCCAGUGUGGCCCACAUAGCAGUAAAUGCCAAGACGCAAGAGUGGCAACCACACAGCCAUCUGUGAUGCAGGACCAGGAGCACAACAAUCCCUGUGAUACUGAGAAGGGACCAAGUCCAGAUGUGGUGCGCUACAGUAAAGCCCAGAGGCCAACCUCGCUGCCCAUCCAGCCCUUUGUUCUGGCUCCUGCAGGAAAGCUGCAGCCCCCGUCCCAGCCCCUCGGCUGCCUUCUAGAGCAGUAUCUAAAUAAAAAGAGCAGUAAGACUGAUAACACGCAGCCGGCCUUCAGUUUCAAAGGCAAAAGCAGCCAAAGUUUUUCUGAUUUUCACCCAUCACCGACGGACAACCACUGCUCCAUCUUCCUAGAGGCUCCGUCUAGCUCUGAUACCUGCUCCACCUGCACACCAAGCCCAGAGUGCUUCAUCCGCACACGUUCAUGGAAUCAGUUGGGCGAAAGCCAAGACUGCACCGGUCCGUGCACAUCAAACAGCAGCCUGGAUUCACAUCAUACUAGUUGUCCCACAGAGGCUCAAGAGCAAGAAAAAGCAGGCCCACACUCAGGCAGAACUCAGGCUAACACUUUGCUCAGUCUUGUCUCGGCUCCAAAUCGAUCCAGUCUCGUUAGGAUUCCCACCUACCAGGACUUGAUCAGUCUCACCUCUGAGCAAAGCCAAGUGCGCGCCAAGCCUAAAAGUGCUAAUCAUUCCUUUAACACCACCUACCGUUCAAUAUUCUCUCAAACACCACCCACUUUAACCAUCACCACUGACACCCACCACCCAAACUCGCAGGUGUCUGUUUCUCCUCCCAAAACCUCGCUGCCACAGGUAAAGCUCCCACAGUGUGGAGCCGCACCUGCAGCUGACUCGGGCUUUUUUCACUCUAGUUUCACAGCUGCCCUCUCCUCAGUGGCUCCUCUCUCCUCUCUGAGUUCUCUCUUCUCCUUGGCCGCUUCAAGGCUGCAAAUCCAGGACUCUGCUGGACACAGUUCGAAGCCAAAUCAGAGUCAUCACAGUGAGUCUCUGAUCCUGAGCGACAGGCCGCCCACAGAGUUCAACCUCUCACCCGAUACGUCUUAUGAGUCCAUGUCUAUCAGCCAUCUUCAGAGGAGAGGGUUGCUGAGGUCUGUGAGCAGGGCGGUGGAUCUGAUUAUGGCUCAUUUUGGCAGUAGCAGAGAUCCUGAAGAAAAGAUGCGCCUGGGGAACAGUUCUUACAGUCCUACAAUCGCUGGUCUGGUUCUGGAACACUUGUGUCCAGCGAUCCAGGAUAUUCUAGAGGACGGUCUUAGGGAUCACAAACUCGAUUUUAUAAUCGGACAACGCCGCAACCACGCCUGGAGUGUGGUCGAAACCUCUACUAGGAUUGGUCCAUCCACCAGAGUUCUUCACAGUCUGGUUUCCAAAAUCAGACGCUGUCCCCAGCUCACCAGCCACUGCAUGAAACUGAGAGCCUUCAUCAUGGGCCUGCUUAACUUGAGAGCUUUGGAGUUCUGGCUCUGUCAUCUUCAGAGUCAAAAAGAUGUUGUGACAACCUACUACCAUUCUUGGGGGUUCCUGUCUAUGUCCCUGGGUCGCUGUCAGCCUUUGUUUCAGGAGCUGCUGCUUCUCCUGCAGCCACUCUCUGUGUUGCCCUUUGACCUCAACUUGCUUCUGGAGCCCCGACUGUUACGUCACAGACAACUGUGUUCAGAGGAGCAGGCUCUCUCCCCACCUCAACCAUGCUCAGCACUUUUAGCAACCAGCUGGCCAAGACUGCAAGGCGACAAAAAGGAAGGCUUCAGCUACCACAGUCAGAUUUCACACCAGAUUGAUUUGCACCACCAAGAGUCUCUCAGCUCUCACAGUUCAAGUUGCUACAAGCAACAGUAUGGUUGUAUGCAGACCAGCAGGAGUCCAGUGUUAGCUCCUAUUCCAGAGUGGUGCCCUAAGGAGCCUGACGUUGUAGAUGGUGUGGCUGGAAUAGAGGACUGUAGCCAAAAUCAUACAGAUACUUGGUUUCAAAUAAGUAUGGACAGCAAGAAAGAAGAAACAAAGGUGGAAAAAGACUGUGGCAUCCCAAAUCCACCUACUACCGUACAGGCACAAAGUCCAUGUCGGGGUGGGCUUCGCUGGGCUAAACUGUUUGGAGCAACUGGUACUUCAUCCACACUGGGAGCAAUUUCUGACAGUUACACAGGAGCACAAACCACAAAGCACAGGCGACCAUCACAGUGGCUACAUUUGGACCGAGCACAGCUUGGACUCUUGGCUCAAUCCAUCAGGACCAUGAAGCUAGGAGGAGCUCAAACAGACAAGGACUGCUGAAAACUAAACCCUCCAUGGGGGAGAGCCAGACUGCGGAUUAUUUACUGUAAGAACAAAAGUCUUAACUGGAUGAAAGUGCAGCUCUUAGCCAUGCUGCAGAACUGAUAAGAAAGCACAAAAACGCAAGAUUAACAGCUUUGGCUCUUACUCAGCAAGCUUUACAUUACACCAACUGUUGUGAAUCCAAGCAAUGUUUUUGUGUUCUUGCUGAGUACCUGUUAAAUAUCAGCUUAUCACCAUGUUGUGCUUUUAAAACAAAUUAGCGCUAUGGACCGGGGAGGGUGUAGCAUCACAAAGUGUAGCAUAACAGCAAAAAAAGACUCUAGUUUAAGUGGCAGAUCUUCACAUCAGACUAAUAAUGUGUCAAUGUAUAAAUUAGUUAUUGAUGUAUGCAGAAACAUGUGUUACAUAUAGCGUUUAUGAAAUUAUAAAUGAGAGGAAAAGACCUAGUGAUGCUGAUAUAACAGCUCUCUAACUAGUUAUUAAAAUUCGAGUUAGAUAUGCACUCAUGUCAUAAGCUACACCUGUUCAACUGCUUGUUGUUGCACAUCUAAUCAGCCAAUCACAUGCAAGCAACCCAGUGCAUUUAGGCAUGUAGACAUGGUCAGGAUGACCUGCUGAAGUUCAAACUGAGCAUGAGAAUUGGUGCUAAAAAGGCUAGGCUGGGUAAUCUAGAAACUGGUUUACUGUUUCUAAAAUACAGAGAAUGGUCAAAAAAAGGCCAGGUGAGCAUGGCCAUACUGCUUUGAGGAAAGCAACAGUGACUCAAAUAAGCAUUUGUCACAAUCAAGGUUUGCAGAAGAGCAUGAAUGCACAGCACAUCAAACCUUGGACCCUGACACUCCUGUCAGCUAAGAACAAGAAAUGGAGGCUACAGUUAACACAGACUUACCAAAAUCAGACAA